GAGGAGACUGAGGUAAAGUUGGGAGCGCAGCGGCGUUGGCGGCGGCGGCGGCGGCAGCGGCAGCGCGGCGGGGCCGGGUAUUGUCCGCGGCCCCUUUAAAUCCGCGAUCCCCCUUCUACACUCCCUCCUUUCUCCCCUACCCCCGCCGUAUCCUCCUCCCUCGUAUUCUACCUUGUAAAUACUGUUAUUUGUAUAUACUGUAAAUGAUGACGUCGGUGGGCGCUAACCGAGCCCGGGGAAACUGGGAACAACCUCAAAACCAAAACCAGACACAGCACAAGCAGCGACCACAGGCCACUGCAGAACAAAUUCGACUUGCACAGAUGAUUUCGGACCAUAAUGAUGCUGACUUUGAAGAGAAGGUGAAACAAUUGAUUGAUAUCACAGGCAAGAACCAGGAUGAAUGUGUGAUUGCUUUGCAUGACUGCAAUGGAGAUGUCAACAGAGCCAUCAAUGUUCUGCUGGAAGGAAACCCAGACACGCAUUCCUGGGAGAUGGUCGGGAAGAAGAAGGGAGUCUCAGGACAGAAGGAUGGUGGCCAGAUGGAAUCCAAUGAGGAAGGCAAAGAAAGUCGAGACCGGGACAGAGACUAUAGUCGGCGACGUGGUGGGCCACCAAGACGGGGACGAGGUGCCAGCCGUGGACGAGAGUGUAUGCAUGGGGCUUUAUCAAAACCAACUGUGGUUCGGGGUCAGGAAAAUGGAUUGGAUGGCGCCAAGAGUGGAGCACCUUCUGGAAGAGGCACAGAAAGAGGCAGAAGAGGCCGUGGCCGAGGCAGAGGUGGCUCUGGUAGGCGGGGAGGGAGGUUUUCUGCUCAAGGAAUGGGAACCUUUAACCCAGCUGAUUAUGCAGAGCCAGCCAAUACUGAUGAUAACUAUGGCAACAGCAGCGGCAAUACGUGGAACAACACUGGUCACUUUGAACCAGAUGAUGGGACGAGACUUGAUUUCAUUGGGGUUGAGGGGUCAAAUUAUCCCCGAAAAUUUGAGACUGCUCCUGGUGCAUGGAGGACUGCAACAGAGGAGUGGGGAACUGAAGAUUGGAAUGAAGAUCUUUCUGAGACCAAGAUCUUCACUGCCUCUAAUGUGUCUUCAGUGCCUCUGCCUGCGGAGAAUGUGACAAUCACUGCUGGUCAGAGAAUUGACCUAGCUGUUCUGUUGGGGAAGACACCAUCUUCAAUGGAGAAUGAUUCAUCUAAUCUGGAUCCAUCUCAGGCUCCUUCUCUGGCCCAGCCUCUAGUGUUCAGUAACUCGAAGCAGAGUGCCAUAUCACAGUCUGCUUCAGGGAACACGUUUUCUCAUCACAGUAUGGUGAGCAUGUUAGGGAAAGGAUUUGGUGAUGUCGGUGAAGCUAAAGGUGGCAGUACCACGGGCUCCCAGUUCUUGGAGCAAUUCAAGACUGCUCAGGCGCUGGCUCAGCUGGCAGCUCAGCAUUCUCAAUCUGGCAGCACCACCACCUCCUCUUGGGACAUGGGCUCAACAACACAGUCCCCAUCACUGGUGCAGUAUGAUUUGAAGAACCCAAAUGAUUCAACAGUACAUAGCCCCUUUACAAAGCGCCAGGCUUUCACCCCAUCUUCAACCAUGAUGGAGGUGUUCCUUCAGGAGAAGCCACCUGCAGUGGCUACCUCCACAGCUGCACCUCCACCUCCCUCUUCUCCUCUGCCAAGCAAAUCCACCUCAGCUCCACAGAUGUCUCCUGGGUCUUCAGACAACCAAUCCUCCAGCCCUCAGCCAGCUCAGCAGAAACUGAAACAGCAGAAGAAAAAGGCCUCCUUGACUUCUAAGAUUCCUGCUCUGGCUGUGGAGAUGCCUGGCUCAGCAGAUAUCUCAGGGCUAAACCUGCAGUUUGGGGCAUUGCAGUUUGGAUCAGAGCCUGUCCUUUCUGAUUAUGAGUCCACCCCCACCACGAGCGCCUCUUCAAGCCAGGCUCCAAGUAGCCUGUAUACCAGCACGGCCAGUGAAUCUUCAUCUACAGUUUCAUCUAAUCAGAGUCAGGAGUCUGGUUAUCAGAGCGGCCCAAUUCAGUCAACAAGCUAUACCUCCCAAAAUAAUGCUCAGGGCCCUCUUUAUGAACAGAGAUCUACACAGACUCGACGGUACCCCAGCUCCAUCUCUUCAUCACCCCAAAAGGACCUGACUCAGGCAAAGAAUGGCUUCAGUUCUGUGCAGGCCACGCAGUUGCAGACUACGCAAUCUGUUGAAGGUGCUACAGGCUCUGCAGUGAAAUCUGACUCAACUUCCACUUCUAGCAUCCCUCCUCUCAAUGAAACGGUAUCUGCAGCUUCCUUACUGACGACAACCAAUCAGCAUUCGUCCUCCUUAGGUGGCUUAAGCCACAGUGAGGAGAUUCCAAAUACUACCACCACACAACACAGCAGCACAUUAUCUACGCAGCAGAAUACCCUUUCGUCAUCAACAUCUUCUGGGCGCACUUCAACAUCCACUCUUUUGCACACAAGUGUGGAGAGUGAGGCGAAUCUCCAUUCUUCCUCCAGCACUUUCUCUACCACGUCCAGCACAGUCUCUGCACCUCCCCCAGUGGUCAGCGUCUCCUCCAGUCUCAAUAGUGGCAGUAGCCUGGGCCUCAGCCUAGGCAGCAACUCCACUGUCACAGCCUCGACUCGAAGCUCAGUUGCUACUACUUCAGGAAAAGCUCCUCCCAACCUCCCUCCUGGGGUUCCGCCGUUGUUGCCUAAUCCAUAUAUUAUGGCUCCAGGGUUGUUACAUGCCUACCCGCCACAAGUAUAUGGUUAUGAUGACUUGCAGAUGCUUCAGACAAGAUUUCCAUUGGAUUACUACAGCAUCCCAUUUCCCACACCUACCACUCCACUGACUGGGAGGGAUGGUAGCUUGGCCAGCAACCCUUAUUCUGGUGACCUCACAAAGUUCGGUCGUGGGGAUGCCUCCUCCCCAGCUCCGGCCACAACCUUGGCCCAGCCCCAACAGAAUCAGACGCAGACUCACCACACCACGCAGCAGACAUUCCUGAAUCCGGCGCUGCCUCCUGGCUACAGUUACACCAGCCUGCCAUACUACACAGGGGUCCCGGGCCUCCCCAGCACCUUCCAGUAUGGGCCUGCUGUGUUCCCUGUGGCUCCUACCUCUUCCAAGCAGCAUGGUGUGAAUGUCAGUGUGAAUGCAUCGGCCACCCCUUUCCAACAGCCGAGUGGAUAUGGGUCUCAUGGAUACAACACUGGUGUAUCAGUCACCUCCAGUAACACGGGCGUGCCAGAUAUCUCGGGUUCUGUAUACUCCAAAACCCAGCAGUCCUUUGAGAAACAAGGUUUUCAUUCCGGUACUCCUGCUGCCUCCUUCAACUUGCCUUCAGCCCUAGGAAGUGGGGGGCCCAUCAAUCCGGCCACAGCUGCUGCCUACCCACCUGCCCCCUUUAUGCACAUUCUGACCCCCCAUCAGCAGCCGCACUCCCAGAUCCUUCACCAUCACCUGCAGCAGGAUGGCCAGCUACCAUAUUUGCAGAUGAUUCUCUGUUGCCAGCGCCAGCAGGAGGAGCAGACGGGCAGCGGGCAACGUAGCCAGACCAGCUCCAUCCCGCAGAAGCCCCAGACCAACAAGUCUGCCUACAACAGCUACAGCUGGGGGGCCAACUGAGGCCCUGACCCUCUUCUCCUGGUCCCAUCUUCUGAGAGGGCUUCUCAGCCUGGAAUCUAUGGAAGCAGCAUCAAAGAGAGAAAGAAAUGGGGGGGGAUUCCGCUGCCCCCCAGUCCCAGCGGCCCACCCUAUGCCUCAGCUUCAUGUCUGUCCCAUUCCCAUACCAUUCCUACUCUGUUGUAUGUAUUAUAGGAUUUGUAUUUUAUCCUUUUUCUUUCCUUCCUUUCCUCUUCCUCCUCCUUCCCCCUUGCAUUCAAGAUUAUGAAACUUGCUGUGGGCCCUGCCCUUCCUUUGCUUCCUCCUGUUCACCCUGGUGGUGUAUGGGUGAAGUGGGGAGGAGGGACUCCCAAAUAUAUAUCAGCCCAACAGCCCUAAGUCUCCUCCUUUAUUAUUAGGAAAACAAAACAACAACGAAAAAAUGGCGUCAUGAAUAUGAACAGCAUUGUCAGAUGAAUUAGUUGAAGUGGUUUUUUUUUGUUUGUUUUAUUUUGUACUGUGUCCUCAAAUUUAAUGGAUUAAUGUGUCUUGUAUAUAUAAAAAGAAAACCUCUA